CACACUCGUGUGGAUUUGUUCAAUGAAGUCUAAGUGAAAGUGAUCCGGACAAGAGUAGCUAGCUAGCUAACGUUCAAGGCGUCAAGUGUCUUAAACAUUGUUUCAAAUAUUGCCUGAAAGUUUAGCAAGCUAAUAAAUCGAGAUAUUGCCUAAUUUUGGAUCGAAUAUCGGAUGCAAAUGUACUGUAAUCUCCGGACCAGCACAAGCUGCUGAGAAGCUAGUGUCGUUAGCCAGUUACCUAAUUUAGUUAGCAUCAACUACUGAACAUUCUCCACCUAUGUUUCGGAACAUCGAUAUUCAUUGUGCAUUUUCCCGGAGGAUUACAAUUGCAGAAUUUUCGACCGUUGCUUUUAUUUGAAUUAUUUUCAUAGCGUUUUAGCAACUGUAUCAACUCUGCCUCUCCAGCUCCGACCGUGGCUGGCUGGCUAGCUAAGCUAGUUAUCCAGCCUGCCGUGCCAACCGCUGUGCACUUCCCCCACUCACCUCCUUCUCCAGCCGGGUAGCUUUAGCUAACCCGCUAAGUAAAAUGAGACCAGCAUCAACUAUUUAACUGUGUAGCCUGCUGCAAAAUGGAUUGUAAUAUGAUGUAUGAAGACACAACCAUCACAUUGUAAGGUCUCUGUCAAGGAGAUCAGCAGAGGGGAUGGACAAGCCGAAAUCAAACUGCGAAGAAAAUGUCUCUGAACCGACAGCUGAUGAAAGCGCCCCUGCAGAGCAACCAGUCCCCUCAGAGGGGGAGUCAGAGGCCCCUUCUGCUGCAGAGGACACGUCGGACACGGCUGCCGCCACUUCCAACACACAUGUGGAGAGCAGCGUGAGGGCCUGUGCUCUCUGUAACUGCGUGGAGCGCAGCUUGCACGGACAACGGGAACUCCGACAUUUUGGGCCAUCUUCCUCCCGGCCGUCCCUAGAGCCCGCAGCUUCAUCACUGCCAGGGCCUGGGAGCGAUGACCUGUCUUCCAUCGGAUUCUCCAACUCUGACGCAUCCUGUCUGGCAGCACAGUUGGAGGACACAGAGGGUUGCUGGGUGCAUCACUGGUGUGCGCUGUGGUCAGAUGGAGUGAAGCAGGCGGAGGAGGAGCUGGAGAAUGUGGACAAGGCCGUCAUCUCAGGGACACAGCGGCUGUGUGAAUAUUGCAAGCGUCUGGGUGCUACCAUCCGCUGCCAUGCUGAGGGCUGCUCACGGUUCUACCACUUCCCCUGCUCUGCUGCCAGCGGCUCCUUUCAGUCCAUGAAGCUCCUGGCUCUCCUCUGUCCAGAGCACAUAGACAAGGCUGAGGAGAUGGCGGGUGAGGAGGCACGCUGCGCCGUCUGUGACUCUGCCGGGGAGCUGCUGGACCUACUGUUCUGUACGGGCUGUGGACAGCACUACCACGCCGCCUGUCUGGAGAUCAGCGCCACACCCAUACAGAGAUCAGGGUGGCAGUGCCCAGAGUGUAAAGUGUGCCAGACAUGCAGGCAACCAGGGGAAGACUCCGUGAUGUUAGUAUGUGAUGCCUGCGAUAAGGGCUACCACACCUUCUGUCUCCAGCCAGCCAUGGUCUCUCUUCCCUCCGACACAUGGAAGUGCAGAAGGUGUCGGGUGUGUACGGACUGUGGUGCUAAUGGUCUGACGCAGCCCGGCUCGGCCCAGUGGUUUGACAACUAUGCCGUGUGUGAGGGCUGCCAACGUACCCGCAGUUCUACGUGUGGCGUCUGCGGCAAAGCCUCGGAACCACCCGUCACGCUGCCGCGUUGUAUCACCUGCAACAGGUGGGUGCACAGUGAGUGCUCCUCUACGUCGGAGCCACCUGAGGAAAAGUGCAUCUGUUCGCUCUGCCGAGACCGAGAGCCUGCGCCAGCCCCUGUCACACAGACUGACGGACAGACGGACACAAUGGAGAUGCAGCCCACAGAGACGGGGUCAGAGGUGACGAUAGAAGGACGGACGGACACAGUUGCCGAGAUGACGAUCCAGACGGACGCAGCAGCUGAAGUUCCGGUGGAAAGGCAGACGGACGUGUCUGAGGAGGUGACGAUAGAACAGGCGGAGACCAAGACGGACGAGGAGGUGCCCAUGGAGCUGGAGACGGAGGCUAAAGUGGUAGAAACGAAUGAGAGCACCAUGGAGGCGGGGCCUCAGCUGGAAACGGAGGAAGUCCCUGCAGAACAGCCCAUGGUCCAGGCUGAGGUUAUAGAAGAAUGUCAAACAACCGAACAACAGGAGGCUCCUAGUUUACCUGUGGCUGUUGCGGAAGAGAGAACAGAGGAUGCUUCCAACCAGAUGCCACAUCCCCAGGUCAGCUAUGUCCCUAUCCUUGAGUCUCCGGAGUCACCAGAACAGCAACCGCCACAGUCACCAGAACCAGCACCAGUAGUGCAGGUCGGCCCUGAUCACAGAAAGGAGAAGGAGAGGAAGGAGGUCAAGCCCUCAACAGCGCAGCAGGCCACACAGGAGGAGAAGAUAAGGGGUGAGGGCAUGUCUACCACCAAGCCAUCCAUUCGGGACUCGCCAGAGUCACCGACCCCUCCCAUUUCCAUGCAAGAGGCGGAGCAUGUUUCCAUGGACACAGAUGAGGCCGGGCUAAAGGAGGAACGCUCAGGGUCUCCCAUUCCUCCUGCUCCACAGGCCGACACACAGGAGGCUGCUCCUUCUACUGUGGACAUGGAGGACAGGGGGACUCACUCUGAGGAGGAGGAGGAGUUUGUAGAAGAAGAGGAGGAGCAGCAGGGGAAGGAGGCAGACGGAGAGGGUCAUCAUAGUCAUCACAGAAGGGUCAAGAUCAAGCAGGAGCCCCAGGACCCCACGGAGGAGCAGGAGGAGACGAAGCCUGAUCAACUCCUCCUAGAUGAGAUGUCCAACCAGAGCCACCAGAGUCCCGGGGACGAGAGCAGCUCUGGCUUCCUUGGCUCCCCGGCCGAGAACGAGGCUGAGGCGGAGCCUGACGCACAGCUGUCCAUGGAGCUUAGCCUGAUGCCCACCGGCCGCUCGCGUUCCGACUCCCUGCUCACUGAGACGGACGACUCGCUGCCCUUUGACCCCCUCAAACCAGACGGGGAGAAGAAGAGGAGAGGCUCUCCGGGGCGCUCCCGGGUCAAACAGGGGCGGGGCAGCAGCAGUUUCCCGGGGAAGCGGCGCCCUCGCGGUGGUGGCGGUGGCAGGGGCCGUGGCGGAAGGAACCGCCUCAAAGCCAUGGCCUCCUGCAUCGACGCCUUCCUGCUGAGCAUGACAGCAGCAGACACUGGACUGAGUAAGGAGGAGGAGGAGGGGGAGGAAGAUGAGGCUAUGCAGAACACGGUGGUGCUCUUCUCCAACACCGAUAAAUUUGUCCUGCUUCAGGACAUGUGUGUGGUGUGUGGCAGUUUUGGGAAGGGUGUGGAGGGGCAGCUGCUGGCAUGUGCUCAGUGUGCACAGUGUUACCAUCCGUACUGUGUGAACAGCAAAAUGACUAAGAUGAUGCUGCGUAAGGGCUGGCGUUGUCUGGAAUGUAUCGUGUGUGAGGUGUGCGGCAAGGCCUCGGACCCGGCCCGCCUGCUGCUGUGUGACGACUGUGACGUCAGCUACCACACCUACUGCCUGGACCCGCCCCUACACACUGUACCCAAGGGGGGAUGGAAAUGCAAAUGGUGUGUGAGCUGUAUGCAGUGUGGUGCCAGCAGCCCGGGGUUCCACUGUGAGUGGCAGAACAACUACACCCACUGUGGCCCCUGUGCCAGCCUGGUCACCUGCCCUGUCUGCAGGGAGAACUUCAUGGAGGAGGAGCUGCUGCUGCAGUGCCAACACUGUGACAGGUGGGUGCACGCAGUUUGUGAGAGUCUGUACACUGAGGACGAGGUGGAGCAAGCUUCUGAUGAGGGCUUUGCCUGCACCUCCUGCACUCCCUACGUCCCCAAACCCAUAGUAACAGUGGAUACGACCUACAUGUCAGCCAUGAAGAUAAAAGAACCAGAGCGUCAGUUCUACCGGUUGGAGGGAGUGUGGCUGACCGAGACGGGCAUGUCCCUGCUGCGUAGCAUUUCUAUGUCUCCCCUACACAAGAGACGUCAGCGGCGUUCCCGCCUGGAUAUGCUGUGUGGCGAUGGAGGGCACGACGGCAUUGAGCUACGAGACGGCGAAGGAGACGGGGACGAGGGAAAAGGCUGUGGGGAGCCCAUGGAAUGUGAGACCGGAGCCCCUGGUGUAAAACAGGAGCCUCCAGGGAGCCCAGACAGAGAGCUGGGAGCAGAAGGAGGUGGUGAGGGGAUGGAGGAGGGCCUCCUCAAAGGAGGAGUAGAGGAGACUGACGAGGGGAAGAAGAGGAAGAGGAAACCCUACAGACCAGGGAUCGGUGGCUUCAUGGUGCGCCAGAGGAAGUGUCACACGCGGAUGAAGAAAGGUCUGUUCCCCCAUCUGUCUCAUCUGGCUGGAGACGGGACAAUUACUACAGAUGGACGGACGGGAGAGAAACUAGCCCUAGAGGAAGGGCCCCACCCAGACACACCUAUAGAUGGCGCCCCGGAGACUAAGCCAGCUGAGGGAGAGGGGGAGCAGGCCAAGAAACGACGAGGCAGGAAGAAGAGCAAACUGGAGGACAUGUUCCCAGCUUACCUGCAGGAGGCGUUCUUUGGUAAACAACUGAUGGACCUGAGUAAGAAGGCUCUCCUGGUUCCCCCAGGACCGAGGCAUCAUGGUGCCGUGGGUCUCCUCCGACCUCCACUGCCCCAUGCACCUGGGGACAGACCCACCGCACCUGACGCAACGGAGGCCAGGGAGCGAGCGAUGGGGUCUGGGAUGCACCUGAAGCAGGAGGGGGGUGAAGGAUCCCAGGCUCAGGGCGAGGGAGCAGGGUCGUCUUCGUCCGUUAAAGAACCGAGUUCGACGGACCCUCAAGGCUCCGACACGGAGAAGAAUGAAGGUCUUCCUCAGGGCAUGGAGAGUCAGGACUCUGAGCAGUUCUUCAGGAAGGUCCUGGGAACGUCAGAGGGGGCCUCUUUAGGAGGGUCGCUACAGAGCAGCAUGAUGCCCAUCCUGGAGGGAGUCAAGGGGGAGAUGAACCGCAGUGGUCUGCCACAGAGGAGCCUCCUCACUGGGUCACUGCCCUCAGCUGGUGUGAUGGAGUCCUUCCCUGGACUCUCUCAGUCUCCGUUCUUCGACAUGCGGGACCGGGCAGGUCUGUUCAGUCCAGACGGGGGAGAGGAGAGCCCAUGGGCAACCCCCUCCACCCCUGCUACACCCUCCACUCCCCCUACCCCCGGUGAGGCAGAUGGAGACGGGCUGUCCUAUAACCAGCGCAGCCUCCAGCGCUGGGAGAAGGACGAGGAGUUAAGAGAGAUGUCCACCAUCUCCCCUGUACUCUACGCAAACACAAACUUCCCCACUCUCAGACGGGACUACCCAGACUGGUCCAGUCGCUGUAAACAGAUCAUGAAGAUCUGGAGGAAGGUUUCAGCUGCAGACAAGGUUCCUUUUCUGCAAAAGGCCAAAGACAACAGAGCAGCUCAGCGGAUCAACAAGGCACAGAAGCAGGCAGAGAGCCAGGUGUGUCGGCCCAUCAAGACAGAGGAUGAUGGUAGUGUUCGGGUCAAAGGGGAACGUCCAAGCCUGCACCUCCAGAUCCCGCCACCCUCAGGUUCUGUCUCCAACCCCUCCCAGCCCAGCUCGGCAGAGAGCCCCUUCCCCUUCCACCCCGACUCGGGUUCCUCUUCAGUUUUCUUCCCCGACGGUCCUCUCAAGACCCCAAGCUCGGCAUCGGCAGAUAUGAGGACAGAUCCCUUUGCCAAGCAGCCUCCCCAGUCCCCUCACCCCUCUCACCACUCCCACCCCUCCACCCCAUACUCCUCCCACCAGGCCGCCUCCAGCCCCAUGCAGGGCCAGGCCUCUUCCUCAGGUUACCUCCAUCCUGUCCCGCAGGGCCCUCUUCAGGGACGGCCGGCCAGCCUCGGCCCCUUCGACAUGCACCCAGGGACCCCCCGGCGGGCCCAGCAGGUGGACCCAUUUUUCAGGCCACAACAACAGAUCCAGUGUCACCUGCCCCAGUCACAGCAGGGCUCUCAGGAGCACCUAGCCCCAGAAAGCCCUCGGUCCAGGGGUGGAGGGCCUGGGGACUCCCCUCUCUUCUCCCCGCCCCACACCACCCACUAUGGAGACCCGUUUCGAGGCCAGCAGCAAGGGAUGGGGCGUCCAGAAUACGGUUCCUCCCCCUCCCAUGUGUCCUCACCUGCCGGGAUGGGACAGUACAGGGCUGAUUUGAGUGGGGGACCCUCUCCCCGAUCCUCCUCUACGGGACGCCAGGACCUGAGUAACACGGGCUCCCCUGCAGGGAUGCUGGACUCUGGGGAUGGCUUGUUCAAGGCUCCCAUGACGCCUCGGAUGCACCAAGGGGACAGCGGGGUGGUACUCCACCCUGGAGCCUCACCCAACCACCACUCUGAGGGCUACCGCCAGUCCCCCUCUACCCCGUUUCAGGACCCCUAUGCCCAGCCUCCUCUCACCCCCAGACCCCAGUCUGGGGAUAGCUGCUCCCCCCUCCCCCAGAGGCAUCCCCAGGCCCAACAGGAGUCCUGCCCCAGGGUCCCCUCCAGCCCCCAGUCCCAAGGUAGCUCUCAGUCUCCCCUCACUCCUGGAGCCCUCUCCAACGAUGCAUUCUCUGUCCAGUCCCCGGCAUCCAACUCGCGCUUCCAGUCACCUGACCCCUACUCCCAGCCGCCCUCGCGCCCCCAGUCCAGGGACCCCUUUUCUGCUUUGCACAAGCCCCCCCGGCCCACCUCUGCUGUUCCAGAGGGCACCCCAAGCUACAGAGGCUCACCUCACCCCAACCAGUCUCCUUCACUCCCCCCGUCCUCCACCCCUGUCGGGGACCCUCUCUCUGGGAAGCCCUCUGGGCCGCCUGGGUUCAGCCGGGGCCCCAACAUGGCCUAUCAGAUGGCCCAGCAGCAACAACUCCUCCAACAGCAGCAGCAGCUUCAGCAGCAGCAGCAGCAGCAGCAGCAGCAGCAGCAGCAACAACAACAACAACAACAACAACAACAGCAGCAGCAGCAGCAGCAACAACAACAACAACAACAACAACAGCAGCUCCAGCAGCAGCAACAGCCCCAGACUCAGGUCAUGGGUUCCAACUUCCACUCCAGGAUGCCCCCCCAGCAGGACCCCACAGCCCCCCAACCUCCGGAUGCACCUCAAACCCAGGGGACUAUGUCAGGCGCCCAGGAGAUGCCUGACAUGUCAAUGGUUCAGGAUCCUUCACUACUGGACCUCAGCCCCUCUGAGCUGGAGAAGCAGAGACAGCGACAGAAACUGAGGGAGUUGUUGAUCCGACAGCAGAUGCAGCGAAACUCAAUCCGGCAAGAGAAAGAGGCUGCAGCAGCCAGCAGUGCUGCCCCCUGUUGGCCUGGAGGUGACAUGGCAGCCUAUCAGCAAGACAAAGCCCGCCGUGCUCCACCACCCUACCCACAGGACCGUGCUGCUGCUGGAGCCCAGGCAACAUUGUCGGGGAAGAUGGAUGGUGGCCGCCUGCCACCCCCAGGAACCCCUGCCAUGAUGGACCCCAACCAGCUCAGACAACCAGGGCCCCCCAACCCCCAGGGCAUGUAUGGUCGCCCUCCUUUCCCUGGCCAGUGGCAGCAGAGCCCGGGUCCCCGUCGGUUCCCCCAGCCUGGCAUAGAGGGUGUGGGCCCCAGGCACAACCUCAACUCCCCCCUCAACAUGCAGCCUGGCAUGGACCCCGGAGGACCCCCACCACAGUUCAUUGAGCUGAGGCACAACUCUCAGAGGCUGCCCCUGGGGACCCAGUUUCUCCAACGUGGGCCCCAGCAACGGCCACGUCUAUAUAUCCCCCAGCAGCAGGAAAUGGCCCCCGGACAGUUUAUUCAUCAUCCAAUGCCUCAGGGUAUGGACUCUCAGACAGAGGGGAGAGACUCACGGCUGGGGCUACAGCAGGGUGGUAUGAGUCUAUUACUGCCACAGCAGAGCACUGGCCCCUCACAGCAGCAACCCCAUCUCCAGCCCCACACAGGCACUUCCCAGACCGCUAACGCUCCCAGUUCUCACUCUGGGCAGCAGCACCAGCCUUCCCAGGACUCCACAGAGUCCCAGGCUGGAGCUUCAGGGGACCCUAAUGUUGAUCUCCCCGAGCCCGACCUGGAGGAUCCGUUUGCCCCCAAAAGGCUAGGGAAUGCCCCCGGGGAUGGAGGAAUGGAAGAUGAGGAUGACCUGGCUCUAGAUCUAGACCCUGAUAAGGGUGACGACGACCUGGGUAACCUUGACAACCUGGAAACCACAGAUCCGCACCUAGACGACUUACUCAACAGUGACGAGUUUGACCUGCUGGCUUAUACGGACCCUGAGCUGGACCAAGGGGACCCCAAGGAUGUGUUCUCGGACCAGCUGCGGUUGGUGGAAGCAGAGGGUGAAACACCAGGUACCUCUGGAGCUCAGGACAUCAAAGUGGAACACAAACCAAAAGUGGAGAAAAACCCCAUCUCAAACACGGGGUGCUCCACGUUGUCCACAACACCCCAUCCCUCCUCCUCGGAGUCUGCCGACACCUCCAGGAUCAAGCUGGAGCCAGGCCAAGCGGUGGUGAAGGAUGAGAUGGGAGAAGCAGUCUCCAUGCUCCUUCAAACAAACAAAUCCUCCACUCAGUCAGAGAACCAGGGUGCCUCUCUGAGCUCUGUGCGGUUAGGGGGGCUCCCAUACCCUCUUCCUGGUCAGGCUGACUCCUUAUCCUCUCUGGGGGAGGACCCUUUAGGGCUGCCCGAUGGAGGGGGACAGCACUCCCCAGCCGUGGAUCUAGACAAAGUCGAGAGCUCUCUGGAAGCCAGCGAGCUUCCCUUGCUGAUCCAGGACCUGCUGGAGCACGAGAAGAAGGAGCUCCAGAAACAGCAGCAACAGCAGCAGCUCAGCUCCCUCCACCAGGGGGCAAUGAGGGCUCACAUGGGAGGCCACCCCAACCACCAGGGCGGUCCUGGACAUAUCAUGCUGACCCAGCACCACCGCCCCCAACCCCAGAGUAUGAUGGGACAGCCAGGUAUGGUGCCACGCCCUCCACACCUCCUGCAGCAGCAAAGGAUCAUGGGACAACCUGGGAUGACGCCACAGCACAUGGCUGCCAUGGCUCAGCAACAAGGCAUGAUGAGGAUGGGGCAUCCUGGGGGAAUUCACCCAGGACUCAACCCACAGCAGCAGCAACAACAGCAGAUUAAACAGUCAACUCUGGCUGAUAACUUCUUCCCUGAUAAAGAUCUAGACAAGUUUGUGACUGACGACGUCAUGGAUCCCAUCGCCAAGGCAAAGAUGGUGGCACUGAAGGGCAUCAAGAGAGUGUUGGCACAGGACCCAAUGGGGGUACCCUCUGGAAUCAACAGACAACAGGUCUCUCUGUUGGCCCAGAGACUAGCGUCGGCACCGGGAACAGGAGAUCCACAGGGUCAACUCGCAUCUGGCCCAUCUAAGGAAGGGGAAUGCAGUGACCCAACACAAUCGAGACCCAACCCUCCCCAGUUUGUACAAGGGAUCAUCAAUGAUGCAGAGCAGCAUCAGUAUGAAGAGUGGCUCCUGCACACCCAGCAGCUGCUGCAGAUGCAGCUCAAGUUCCUGGAGGAGCAGAUCGGAGCUCACCGCAAGUCCCGCAAGGCUCUGUGUGCCAAGCAGCGCACUGCCAAAAAGGCAGGCCGUGAUUUCGCCGAGGCUGACGCAGAGAAACUCAAAUUGGUCACAGAGGAGCAGGGCAAGAUCCAGAAACAACUGGACCAGGUGCGAAAGCAGCAGAAGGAACACACCAACCUGAUUGCAGAGUACAGGAGCAAGCAGCAGCAGCACCAGCAGGGCUCUAGUCUCCUGGCCCCAGGGCCCUCCACCCAGGGGACCCACUUGCUCUCCAAGAUGCCUGGGCAGAUGAUGAUGGGUCAGCAAGGAGGUAUACCCGUCAGAAUUCCCCCACAGGGGCAGUCUUUCCUAGGAGGAGGCCAGCACCCUGGAGCUCUGGGAGUCAGAUCCCCUGGUCCUCCUGGUGGUCCUCCUGCAGGAUUCUUCCCCCAGGGUCCAGGAGGAGUCCAAGGGGCAGACCAAAGACUUCUCCAGGAGAGACAACACAGGAUGCAGAUGAUCCAGAAACUACAACAGCAGCAGCAGCAACAACAGGCGAUGAUGCAAGGCCAGCAGCCCAUGCCACAUCCAGGUGUCCAACCAGGUAUGUUGCCACAGCCAAGCGUCAUGGGUAACUCUCUGAUUAGUCAACAACAACCAAACCUCCAACAGGGAAUUAUGCCCAACCAGGCCAUGGUGCCCCAGGGUAUGGUACCAGGGCAGGCUGUGGCCCAGCCAGCUCAGACCCUGAUGGGAGGGCAACCUAUGAACCAGCCUCCAGGCAUGAUGGUUGCUCAGCCAGGCAUGAUGGGGGCCCAGCCAGGCAUACAGCAGCAACAGAGGCCUCAGGUCCUAAUGGGCCAGCAGGGAGUAGUGGGACCCCCUCAGCACCAUGGACUCAGAGGACCUGGCCAGGCCCAGCUCACACCUCAACAACAACAAAUCCUGGCCCAGCGCAUGUUGGCGCAACAGAAGCUACAGCAGCAGCAAGUGGCACAACAACAGCUCAGGCAACCACCACCACAGGGCUUCAUCAGCCAACCCAACCAGUCUCACGACUCCCAGGGAGGACUCUCUCAACCUGCUACCCCAGGUCAGAUGGGAUCUUCUCCCGCUUCAGCAGGGGGGAGCACACGGGUCACCCCGCAACCAACUGAGGGGCUGCAGCAGGGGGAGAGUGGAAUCCUUAGUCCUAGCUCCAGGACAUCUCCACAGCAGGGUGGACCUGGACCUUUAACCCCUGGCCAGAUGACCCAACCAGGGGCUUCUGGAGAGCAACAGGCGGUAGUGGGACAACAACAACAGCAGCAAUACAUGGCCCAGCAGCAGCAACAGGCACCACAACAACCUCCUCAAAAUGCUCAAGCUGGACAUCAACAGCAAGCAGGUUACCAACAGGCUGGCAUGCACCCCCAAGUACAACAGCAGCAAUCACAGCAGCAACAGCAGCUUCAACAGCAACUCUCUCUACAGCGACAGAGUUCCCUCAAUGCUGAUCCCUCAAAGUCUGGUUUGGUUACCGUCAAGCAGGAAGGACAGCAGAUGUGUUACAUGGCACAACAACAGCAGCAGCAACAACAACAACAACAACAACAACAACAGAAUCUUAUUCAGCAAGCCCAAGACCCCAUUAGACAACAACAUGACAAUAUGGGCCAGAUGCAAAAUGUGAUGGGUCAACAGAACCACCCUGGUCAGCCUCAGCCCGUCCCUGGUAUGCCAGGCCACCCUAGUCCCCAGCAACAGGCCCUCAUGGCCCAGCAGCAGAAGCAGCAGGCCAUGAUGGGCAUGCUUAGAGCCCAGCAGCAGGGCAUGAUGCCUGGCCAGAGGCCUGGGUGUCCACCCGGUCAGAUACGCACCCCAGUCAACAUCCAGACUAUCAUAGCCCAGAACCCCCAGCUCCGACACCUCACCCCCAACCAGCAGAUACAGCACAUCCAGGCCAUGAUCCAACAGCGCCAGCUCCAACAGCAGCAGCAGCAACAACAGGGCCAGAUGCUGAGGCUCCAGGUGGGUCAAGGACAGCCAGGCCAGAUGAGGCCCCAGGGGCCACUAGGACCGGGGCAGCAGGUGGGACAGGUCCAGAGGAUGCCUGGCGGUCUGGAAGCCCAGCAGCAGCAGAUGCACUAUGGAGGAGCUCUUGGGAAACCAGGGGGAGUGGGCUCCCCGCUACAACCAGGAAUGAUGGGCCCCGGCCAACCACCGGGUGUGGUGACUCCUCAGAUGCAGCAGCAAGGGAUCACAGGACCUGUAGUCCAACAGCAGCAGCCAGGAGCCUCGCCUCAGUACGCACUGAGUGUCCAACAGCAGCAGAUGAUGAUACAGCAACAACAGGCCCAGCAACACCAGAUGAUGAGAGGCCAGGUACCCAUGGCUCGCUCCCCCAUGGGGCAGAUACGUGGUGGGCCCCCCCAGGGCCGCCUCAUAAGGCCCAUGUCUCCUCGCCAACCGUUGGCCAACUCCCCUGGUGACCCACAGCGCCACUCCAUGGCACAGGCGAUGGGAAUGCGUCAACCCAACCAAGUCAUGCAACACCAGCAACAACCACAGAUCCACAUGGCUCAACAACGCUUCCAGGGAUCUCCCUCCCACGCAGGCUCCCCUGGAGGAUCCUCAGUGCAGAAACAGGAAGCAGGCAUGAGCCCAGCUACCCCAGGAACGCCGCACUCCACCCACGUUGCCUCUCCGUCUGUAACUGACGGGGCAGCUGGGAAAGGUAGUCCUUACAGUCAGAUCAAGGCGUCUCCUCUCAGGUCACCUGGAGCAUCCAAGAGUCCCCUGGACUACCCUGGGCUUAAGGCGGGAAGUGGCGACCCAACCCAUAGCCAAGUCCCUCCGAACGGGCCUUCGCCUCAGAAGGGUGAGAGUGGACAGCAGGGCCAGCAACAUCCACAACAGGGCUCAGAGAGCCAGGGUGGUCCUCAAUCUCCACCAGGCUCUAGAGAGGGUGCUCUGUGUAAAAUGACCCUACAGAACAUCAAACAGGAGCCCAGAGAGGUGACUUGUGAUGGAGAAGGUGGUGGUGGUCCUCACUCCGGGGCCAUCAAGAGGGAGGUGACUGGGGAGCCGGUUGGAGGGUUUGGUAUCACUGGUCCUGGACCAGGAGGGGACCCCGGAGCCCAAGUCCCCAGGACUGAGACAGGACAACAGUUGCUGCAGAAGCUCCUGAGGACCAAGAACCUGCAGCUGGCAGCUCAGAGGCCAUCUGACGGCAUCCACAACGAGAUCAAUGGACACAUCAACAGCAAGCUGGCCAUGCUGGAGCAGAAACUACAGGGGACUCCACGCAACAUGGAGGAUCUGCAGUCCAUCACAAAGAGGGCUCCUGUUGCCAAGGUAAAGCGCACCAACAAGCCUGGAGAACGAGCGCCCCAGUCCCGUAAGAAGAAGAAAGAGGAGGUUGGGAAGAGCACUGAAGCCCUGAUGAAACAACUGAAACAGGGCCUUUCUCUCCUUCCCCUGAUGGAGCCCUCCAUCACUGCCAGUCUGGACCUGUUCGCCCCCUUCGGCAGCAGCCCAGCCGACGGCAAGGCCCAGCUCAAGGGCUCCUUUGGAAAUGCAGUACUGGACAACAUCCCAGACUACUACUCUCAGCUUCUCACCAAGAGUAACCUCAGUAAUCCACCAACACCCCCGUCCUCCCUGCCCCCCACACCACCCCCCUCGGUACAGCACAAGAUGCUCAAUGGGACGACUGCUGUGGAGGAGCUGACUGAGGUACAGAAGGAGACCGAGACCACAGAGGACACUAUGGAUUCUGUCACUGAGGAGGUGAAGAGUAUGGAUAUCCUUGCAGCACUCCCCACCCCUCCUCACAACCAGAACGAGGACAUCCGGAUGGAGAGUGACGAGGACAGCGACGCUCCAGACAGUAUCGUCCCAGCGUCCUCUCCUGAGAGUGACCUAGGCGACGAGGAGCCACGCUUCCCUCGCCUCCGAGAACCCAAAGAGGAGGAGAUGGAGAGAACCAUAUCCCCUAUCAUACCACUCAUCCCCCGCACUGCCAUCCCAGUGUUCCCAGAGAACAAGCCGUUUGAAGCAGCGGCCGACAAGUUGGCGUCUACAACCAACCCCUGGGACAAAGCCAAGAGCAACGAGGUGGCUGUGACCUUCACACUGACCUCCGCUGCAGCCAAGAAUCUGAACCAUGUAAUGGUGGCUGUGGCUCAGCUCCUCCACAUGCGGAUGCCUGGUUCCUAUGAGGUGGCUUUCUCUCCCAGCCCGAGCAGAGCAGGAGACUCAGGACCAGGGAAAAGCCCCGAACAACCAGGUGCUCUGUGUGUGAAGGCUGGUGGUAUAGAUGGUAGUUCAGCCAGCCAAGAUGCAGAGUGGCUCAGACAGUUUGAUGUUUCUCUGCCAGGCUGCACUCUGAAGAAACAGGUGGACAUCCUCUCACUCAUCAAACAGGAGUUCCCCGAACAGGAGGACAAACCGGUUCAGCACUGUUACACCACCAACGUGUCUGACCUGGAUGUCCGCCAUCUCCCCGUCAUCCCUGUCCAGGAUUCCCCGCCCUCCUCUCCCUCUCCUCCUCCUGCUCCUCCUAGUGAACCUGAGCCUCCCACACAGCCAGCCUCCCCCUCCCAGCCAGCCUCCCCCUCUCAGCUAGCCUUUCCCUCUCAGCUAGCCUUUCCCUCUCAGCUAGCCUUUCCCUCUCAGCUAGCCUUUCCCUCUCAGCUAGUCUUUCCCUUUCAAGUUCCCCCCAGCCCUGCUCAGACCACCGUUCAGGUCAAAACGGAGCCUGCCACUGUUCAGAUCAAAACGGAGACUGAGGCUGAGGAGGCCAUCCUUCCCCCUCCUGUCUUUGUCCCCAACUCUGACCCUGGUGCUGACACUAAGGCUCCUGUUCUUGACUCUGCUGAUGCUGAGGCUCCUGCUGCUCAGGCGGACUAUGAUGCCACGACGGCUGACCAGCCAGCCCCCCAUCCCCAGGACACCCCCACCUCCCCCAAGGUGAAGCACCGCAGCAGGCCCCUCUCCCCCGACCCUGAGGAGAUGGUGGUCCGGCCCAAGGUGAAGAAGUGGAAGGGCCUCCGCUGGAAGCGUCUCCAGAUCGUCAUCACCAUCCGUAAAGGAGGCUCCAAGAAGGAGAGCAGCCGCGGGGUCUCCGAGCUCAUGGAGCGUCUCCGCAUCACCCUGAGACCUGACAAGCUGCCCCGGGACAAACGCAAGUGCUGCUUCUGCCACGAGGAGGGCGACGGCGCCACGGACGGCCCCGCCAGGCUCCUCAACAUCGACGUGGACCUGUGGGUUCAUCUCAACUGCGCCCUGUGGAGCACGGAGGUGUACGAGACGCAGGGAGGCGCGCUGAUGAACGUCGAAAUGGCGUUGAGGCGCGGGCUCCGCACCCGCUGUGCCUGCUGCCAGAAGACGGGCGCCACCAACAGCUGCAACCGCCUACGCUGCCCCAACGUCUACCACUUCGCCUGCGGCAUCCAGGCCCGCUGCAUGUUCUUCAGGGACAAGACCAUGCUGUGCACCCAACACAAACUGAAAGGGCCCAGCGAGGAGGAGCUGACGGGCUUCUCCGUGUUCCGCCGGGUCUACAUCGAGAGAGACGAGGUCAAGCAGAUCGCCAGCAUCUUACAACGCGGCGACCGCAUCCACCUGUUCCGCGUAGGCGGCCUCAUCUUCCACGCCGUGGGCCAGCUGCUACCGUCUCAGAUGCAAGCCUUCCACUCCCCGACCGCCAUCUUCCCCGUGGGCUACGAGGCUACCAGGAUCUACUGGAGCACGCGGGUGCCUAACCGCCGGUGUCGGUAUCGUUGUCGUAUCAGCGAGACGGAGGGAAGGCCGCUGUUCGAGGUACGGGUGCUGGAGCAUGGACAGGAGGACCUGCACUACCGGGACACCAGCCCAGAAGGUAUCUGGGACAGAGUGGUUAAGUCUGUAGCUAAGCUGAGAGAAGAGUCUGCCAUGCUGAAGCUUUUCACUGACCAUGUGAAGGGAGAGGACAUGUACGGCCUCACGGUCCACGCCGUUCUGCGCAUCACUGAGUCGUUGCCUGGAGUGGAGAGCUGCCAGGACUAUGUGUUCCGAUACGGUCGCCACCCUCUGAUGGAGCUGCCGCUCAUGAUCAACCCCACCGGCUGCGCCCGCUCCGAGCCCAAGAUCCUCACACACUGCAAGAGGCCUCACACCCUGAACAGUACGUCCAUGUCCAAGGCCUACCAGAGCACCUUCACCGGUGAGAUCAACACCCCCUACAGCAAGCAGUUUGUCCACUCCAAGUCCUCCCAGUACCGGCGCCUGAAGACCGAGUGGAAGAACAACGUCUACCUGGCCCGGUCCCAGAUCCAGGGCCUGGGGCUAUACGCUGCCAAGGACCUGGACAAACACACCAUGGUCAUCGAGUAUAUAGGAACCAUCAUCCGCAACGAGGUGGCCAACCGCCGCGAGAAGAUCUACGAGGAACAGAACCGUGGGAUCUACAUGUUCCGCACCAACAACGAGCAUGUGAUCGAUGCCACUCUGACUGGCGGCCCAGCUCGCUAUGUCAACCACUCCUGUGCUCCCAACUGUGUUGCCGAGGUGGUGACGUUUGACAAAGAGGACAAGAUCAUCAUUAUCUCCAGUCGCCGGAUCCCCAAGGGAGAAGAGCUGACGUACGACUAUCAGUUUGACUUUGAGGACGAUCAGCACAAGAUCCCUUGCCACUGCGGAGCCUGGAAUUGCCGAAAGUGGAUGAACUAAACGAACAGGGAAAAACAGAGGAGAGAGUCCCUUCUUUCUCCUGGGUGCCAGAACAGAACACUCCUGCUGCGCCAAAGCCUAUAGUCUUUAGAACUACUUACCCAGUUCAUAAGCUGACGAACGAGGAGGGAAAUCUAACCUCCAAAUCAAUAAGACGAAGACGUUUGCAUUCACACCUGUAGCCAAAGGUUUGAAGAGCAUUACUGAUUCUAAACACAAACAAACCCACCUCUAUUGACAUCCAGCCGAAUGGUGGGACAAUCUCUUUGUGGAUGAACUGUGUCCUCUGCCAAAAGCAACUCUUUCCUCUACCUACCUACCGCUCCCCCCUUCAACAACUAUGGCUGGAAUACAAUCCUCUAAACCUACCAAAUGUUCUGAUUCUAUGUGAUAUCAAUACUCUCUUAGGACAGAUCUCACCUAGAGCUUUGAAGAAGCCAUUUUAAGUACUAAGAACAAACGAAUGCAUUUUUUUUUUAGGGUCUUACCUAUCCUAUUCUUCUCCCCCCGCACUCCCCCUCUUCCUAACCUAACCCUUAAGGAAAAGACACUCUCCCGUUGUCAUUGGUGGAGAUUGACUCCCCAACGUGGAUAUUAUUGGCUAGCUAGACAAUCCUGAAGACAGUGGCUCUGAGUCUGUAUAGAAGAACUAUGUAUCGCUGAUGGAGACGGGAGUAGAAAGAUGUCUGAUACAAUAAAAGUUGUCCUCUAGAGGCACCAGACAUAAAGGUUUUAUUGGCCUGACUGACUAAAGGAGUUUAUAAAAGGUGGGUUAGUUGGACCCCCAGUCUACCUCAUUGAUCUAGUGGGAGUGACUGCUUACUUUGUGUAAAAACUGCUACUGUGGAAAAGGGGGAAGAAAGGGGUCGGUGGGAAUGUUUUCAUUAGGCUAAUAAUAUAGCCUUCUCGGACAAGCAGGGAAACUUAACUAGCAGCCGGUUUGCUCUAUUCUAUGCUGAUUUUACAAUAAUGAGCCAACAAUAUUACUCUUCAUUAAUUAUCUAUACAGACGGAAUAAUUUAUAUGAUUUUUUUUUUUUAAAGAUAUCCCAUUAAGAUCAAUCACAAGCUUAACAGGUAUCACGAGAUGACUCCUGAUCAUCCUGGAUUUCAUGUUGCCCGUCUCUGCAUAUUUAUAACACAUUUAGAUAUCAUGCUUUUUAGUUGACUGAAUGCGCAGUAACAUCUAACCUUGCGUUCUGGGGGACUGAGCGAGGGAUUGGUGCGUCAACGCGUAAAGCGAAGCAGGAUCACUGCGCUAAUUUAGUAGAUCGUCUUGCCAAAGACCACUAAGUUCAACUAAUGAGUGCGAGAAGUGUAACGUACGCUUGCUGCUUUAUUCCUUCUGGUCACACGUUAAGCAGAAAGCUUGCGGGUAAUAAUGCAAGACUACUAUCCCGUUUGUGUUCCACCUUUUAGUCCUUGAAAUCCCAUCUACAUUUUUUAUAUUUUCUUUUCUCGAAUGACGUCAACCAUGAAUCUAGCAUCUUCCUCUCUAUAUCAUGUAGUGGACUGUUGUAAACUUUUUUACUGUAGUGAGUCUUUCUCUGCCUGGCCCUGCCUGUCUAACCACACCACAGCUAGGUGUGUUUCUAAAGAUCCCUGUGUUGUGGUUUUCUAGUGGUAGUACAGUCUUUUCUAUACUGGAGUCUUUAAUCAAGGGCAGGGGAAGACUUGUCAAAAAAAAAAAAAGGGCAUUUUUCUUUUUUAAAUGAAAUGAAUAACAAAGUAGAUCUUCAAAGGGGAGAGUUCUGAAGUCUCCUCUACCCUGACCUAAAACCUCACGUAAGAAAAAUGCAAAAGUGUACAAACUGUAUAUAUAUUCUAUAGGGGGGCAACAAACUCUUUAUCCAACCCCUUUUUAAUCAAUAAAAAUCUAAAAUUGUAGAGAAAUAAAAUUGAUGAAAGAAAUCAACCACUGGAUAUCAUUUUAUCAAAGAUUAUGCUGUGUGUGUGUAUAUAUAUAUAAAUAUAUGUAAAAUGGAGUGUUUUUGCAUUUACCUGUUUUUCUAUUAGCAUUUUUUGCUAUAAGCUUUCAAAGACAGUUUGUUAAAAUAGGUAUGUGAAGAUGUCAGGUCUUGACUUGGAUGAGAAGCCAAGAGUGAAAGUAUGUUGUAGAUGCAUAAUGGAAAGUUGUCAAGAUUAUUACAACAAUGAGAAAUCACUUGAAGGGUGCAUAGCAUUUGUGUAUUUAUGUCAAAUUGUUCAUGUAUUUGUUCAUUUACUUUUAAUUUAUGCUACUAGUCAAUUUUACCAAAACCUCUCUUGAUUGGUCACAAUAUGAUCAUUAGUAUACGGAAAAUCUUUAACUUCUCCCUGGCUAGGAUAUUAGUUAAAUAUGAUUGGUGUUUCAUCUUCCCUAUAGAAGUGAAUGUGUUGGUAUACCUUGUGAAAACAGGCUACUCGGUCUGAUGUAUGUUAUGACUAAAUAUUCAAAGUUAACCCAGUACUUACCUGAGAAUAAAUUGCACACAAUAGUACUUCUCUAAAAGUGGUAGAUAUUGGGAAAGUAUGAGUCAGUGCUAUUUUUUUCUUGUCCUGUUUAUUUGAAGGGAAGACCAUUAGACAUUUCGCCGCUCACUGGAUUUUAGCCUAAGUAACUUCUUCCUACCUUCUAUCAUGUUUGAAUAUCUAAUUUAAGUUUUCUGCAUAUCUUAAAUUAAAUAAAGAGCUUGCUAAAAGUUGAACUUUUUUUACCUAACUUUUUAAAAAUGUUUUACAUCUGUACAGCUGAGCUACUUUAAGGGAAUAUGAAUAAUUUUUAUUGUAUGUGGCAUGUUUUGUAUGGAUAUAAUUUUGAAUUGUACAUAGAACGACAGAGGUUUUCUAUACAGCCCCCCCCUUCCCCCAUCCAUUUGUCUCUGCUUUUAUUUCUUUUAAAGAAAAAAUAAAAUGCAUUUUUAAAUAUAA